AUGAAACCUUUUGCAGAAAUUCCGAUGGGAUAUUUUAUCUUUGAUGCUAUUAUAACUACUCCUACAAUGAGUUCUGUAACUUAUGUUUCUAAAACAUAUGAAAUAGCUUUUGAAGACCUGGAUAACUUAUAUGACCAUGCUGAAGAACUUUAUAUUGAUCAAACACAGUCACGUUCAGAAAUUGUUGUUAACUACUUUUCCGCUAUUAGAAAUCUUCAGAUCGAGAGGUCUGAAAACAAUGAGCGCCGAUGGCAAACUGGAAGCUCCUCCACACUCAAACUUAUUGAUGUCUCUUCGCCUCAUGAACCAGAAGUUUUUGGUCCUCAUACAAAAGAAGCUGUCCCAACUUGUAUUCUUUUUACUUGCCUGGGUACCUCAGUGUACUGUGAUGAUUGUGAACUAGAAAUUCUACCACCCUUGCUCAAGCAAACCACCAAUUUCUAUACCCCCUAUAAUAGAAUAAAGAAGAUAAAAAGAAAUGCCUUUGCUCACCUAAGCAAUCUGAAAAAAAUUGACUUGACUUCUAAUUUCAUCUCAGAAAUGGAUGAAGAUACCUUCAGAAAUUUACUAUAACUUUAGGAACUGAUACUUAGAGAUAAUAAAAUAAGGCAACUUUCAGAAUUACCAACAACACUUACGUUCAUUGACAUCAGUAAUAACAGACUUGGUCGCAAAGGGAUAAAGCCAGAAGCAUUUAAAGAUAUGAUUGACUUGCACCAUCUUUAAAUCACUAGUAAUAAUUUGGAUCACAUCCCAGUUCCAUUCCCUGAAAGUCUCCAAUCGCUUUACCUGCAAAAUAACAAUAUUCUGGAGAUACAUGAAGACACUUUCUGCAAAAUAAAUGACCAAACUUAUAUCUGUAAACCUCUUAAAGACAUUAGAUUAGACGACAAUCCCAUCAACCUGUACGUUCCUGCCCCAUUUGCCUAUUGGAAGCUAUUCCUAAGCUUGGACAGUAACAGUAGUAUUGUGUAA